GUGAUUAGUUAACUACAGAACGUGUAUGAAACUGAAAUUAGCAACAACUACAUUUCCUCAUAUUGGAGAUAAACUAUUCCAAAAAUGGCUAGAAUAGGCAAGGGUAUUCAAGUUCCACUGUCAUGGAUUCCAGCAAGAAAUGGAAAUACUCCAUCUGGAGCAGUUGAUGUCUGCUAUGGUAUCUAUGUAAUUCGUAGAAAGUAUGAAGAUGAAUGGAUUCCUGGAAAGCUUAUUGUCAGUUACCGAACUUGUUACUGUCCUGUUAAUGGCAAAGAGUUGGAAUCACAGGAGUAUGAAGUAUUAUGCGACAGUUGUCUUCCUGAUUCUAAGAAAUGCUAUGAAUGGGAACAUGCAUCAAGAGGUGCCGUACCGAAGAAUGCUUUAGUUGCCGGUACGUGGUUUGGUACGCCGUUGUAUAUUGCCAAAGGUAUUGUAAAUCAAGAAAUUUGUGUUGGAAAGGUACAGGAAGGUUCCACCUGUGCAUAUCUACCAUGGGGUGGUAAGGAACAUUCAGUACAGAAUUAUGAAGUUCUAGUUUUAAAGAUGGAAUUGACAGAAUACAUCUGAGCAACAAAAUUUACAAUAAAUAUAUGCAUUUUUAUUUUAUGAACACCUUUAACGAAUGGAGCUGACCAAAUGUGUGUAUUUUCUUAUUUGAAAGAAUAAAUAAUAAUUCAUAAAGUGGUAACCACAGAAAGUAUUUUAUUU